AUGAAUGAUGUUCAAAACUCGGAGCCAGACGCCGAAGAGGCAGACCCGGAGGCAGAUGAGGUAGAUUUUUUUGACCAACAUGUUGAUAACCUUCUUGCUGCACAGGAUGCUCAGAAGCGCAAGGGACGCAAGACCACAGAAUUUUGGGAUGUUAAAACAAUUGAAUCCGAUGGCACAAUCAAACAGGUCAAACUGAGUGUGAAGGAAGCUAUGAAGCCACCUAACGGAAGAAAGGUCGUACUCAGGUUUAACAAUGCACUGCAACCAGUUGGGGAUGAAGCAGGUCUACUGAGCGGCGUUAUGGGGCUGCUAGGACCUGAUUACACCAAAUUUUCAAUCUGCGAGAGGGACUGGAGAAAGGUUCGCACCAGGGACAAAGUCUAUAAUGAAAUAGUAAAGGAAAUGUUCCAUUUUGAAGAAGAUAGCAGAGGAAUUAUAAAAGGUAUAAUAUCCAAGAUGCUAGGAAGGGCUUGGAAGGAAACGAGGAACAGAUUAUACCAUCGCUACUAUGACGUAGAACUUUCACUUGCAGCAAAUAUUAAAAACCGCCCAGAUGGAAUUACUGCAGACCAUUGGAAAAGAUUUCUCGAUUAUCGCAACAGCAAAGAGACACAGGAUAAGUGUAUUCAAAAUGCCGAGAAUCGAUCAAAGCAGCUUUACACCCACACCAGUGGAUCGAAAAGUUUGGCAAGGCUCGGAGAAGAAGAGUCGGAACGACAAGGGAGGAUAGUUAGUAGAGGAGAGUUGUAUCUCUUAACGCACAAAAAAACCAAUGGCUCCUAUAUCCAUGAUGCAGCUCACGCUAUUGGAGAAAGAAUUGAGGCUAUUGAGCAAGGCGAUGAAUCUUCUAGACUGUUAUCCCAGAAUGAUUCGCUUGCUCAAGCUCUCGGAAGAGAACGCCCGGGUAGGGUGCGUGGAAUGGGGUUGGGACCGACUUCUAGUCAAGUCUUCGGUAUGAAUUCCAAUCAGCAGAGCAAUGGUUUUGAAAGGGAAGAGACCCAAAGGGUGCUGCUUGAACUGCAAGCAGAGUUGGCAGCAGAGAAAUUGAAAAGGAAGGCAGUGGAGGAUGAAGUAGCAGCCGAGAAGACCAAAAGACAGGCAGUGGAGGAUGAAGUAGCAGCUGGAAAGGUCAGGAUGCAGGCAAUGGAGAGUGCUUUGAUAUGUCUACUUCAAGGGCAAGGUAGGAAGCUGCCAUCAGACGUCGCAACAUGGAUGAGUGCGUUGGGGGGACAGAAUAGAAAGUAG